AUGAAGAGUACUCUCAACUUUCUUUCACUUUCUCCCAUUUUCUCAUCUUCAUCAAAACACUCUUUUGCUAAUCCAAACUUCCAAACCAUGUCCAUAUUAUCACCAUGCAAACCCUUCCAGAAUCCUAAAGCAUCCACCACUUUCUCAUUUCUUACCUUUCUUCCCCCGCCACCUAUUUCUAUCUACAAGAGCUAUGUUUCUGUCAAACUAAACCAAGAAAACUUCUUGACACGGCGUCAAUUCAUGGAACCUGUAAUCAAAGGUCACAGACUUGAUAGAUUUCUGAAUGCUGAUGCUGUUAACGAUGACAAUGCAGACUCCAUUAACGAUGAUUUUGACGAACUCUUUUCUUGGCUUUUCUCCACUCUGACCGUAUCCAUUCUCACACAAUUUCAAUUUCUUCCAGUACGCGCAAAGGCUAGGCAAUAUCGAUCAGAAACCAAGAAUCUCACCAAAAAUAGCACGGAAUCGGUCUCGGAAUAUCUAUUCAGAAUCAAGAUCCUGAUAGAUUCUCUGGCUGUUGCAGACCGACCUGUGAACUUGCAAGAACACGUGGAUGCAAUACUGCUAGGGUUACCUGAGGAAUAUGAGGCUAUUGUGAUAUUCAUCUAUGCCUUAUCAAUGGGUGAUCCAUUUACAGUUGAACAGAUUGAGUAUAUGCUACAGGUUUAUGAAGCUUUGAUACAACAAUAG